AUGUACUCCAAGAUUGCUCUAUUACUUGCCUCUUCUGCUGUUCUAGCCAAUGCUCUAUCUGACACUCAAAUUGCUGAAUUAAAGGCUAUCAUGAGCGAUGUCGCCAGCAAUGUCUCUGAAUACAUUGCCUUAGCCACUGACGGUACCAUCUCCCUAACUGACCUACCAACCGGUGUUCUAGCUCUAGGUCUAGCUGUUGCCUCUGCUACCGAUGACUCUUACACCACUUUGUACGACAACGUCGACAUGGAUGCUGUUGAAACUUGGUUAACUGUCCUACCAUGGUACUCUACCAGACUUUCUUCUGAAAUUGCUGCUGCUUUGUACACUUUAACCGCUGAAGCUUCCACUGCUGUUGCUUCUUCCACUGCUGUCGAAGCUACCACCACUUCUGCCGCUACUGAAGCUACUUCUUCCGCUGCUGUCGCUGAAUCUUCUUCUGCUGCUGUCGCUGAAACCUCUUCUGCUGUCGCUGAAACCUCUUCUGCUGCUGCUGAAACUUCCUCCGAAGCUACCUCCUCCGCCGCUGCUUCCUCUUCUGCUGCUGCCUCUACCACUGUUACUGCUGCUUCCUCUUCUUCUUCUGCCACCACUGCUGCUGUCUCUCAACAAACUACUAACGGUGCUGUCAAGGCUGUUGCUGGUCUAGGUGCUGGUGCUCUAGCCGCUGCUGCUCUAUUGUUAUAA